AUGGCUGCCCACGUCCCCAAAGCCCCUGGUUACCUCCAGAUGCUGACCAGCGGCAGCCGUUACUACAGCGGGCAGGAGGAGGUGGUCUACAGGAAUAUUGAGGCUUGCAAGGAGCUCUCUCGCUCGCUCAAGGCCAUCUACGGUCCCAGCGGCCUGAACAAGCUGGUGAUCAACCACCUGGAGAAGAUCCUGGUCACAGCCGAUACGGCCACCGUCCUCCAAGAGUUCCAGAUCGAACACCCUGCAGCCAGCAUGCUCCUCCAGGCCGUCAAGAUGCAGGAGGAAGAGGUUGGGGACGGGAGGAACUUUGUCCUGAUCCUGGCCGGGUCGUUGCUAGAGAACGCUGGUGGCCUCCUCCGCAUGGGCCUCUCUGUGCCUGAGGUGGUGAAGGGUUACAGGAAGGGCUGCAAGAAAGCCCUGGAUGUCCUGGAGAACCUGACCUGCUCCUCGCUCAAGGACAUCAGAGACCUUCAGGAGGUGGCUUCCGUGCUCCGCACGCCCAUUGGCAGCAUGCACGGCUACCAGGACCUCCUCUCCAGGCUGGUGGCCCAGAGCUGUGUGUCUGUCAUGAGCCAGUCCGCAGGGAGUUUCCACACCGACCAAGUCAGAGUGUGCAAGAUCCUGGGGGCCGGCAUUCAGGACUCGUUGGUUCUGGAAGGGAUGGCCUUCAAGAGGGAAACCGAGGGGUUGGUCAAUGCAGUUCAAGACGCCAGGAUUGUCAUCUAUCAAUGCCCCUUUGACCUGGCCCAACCGGAGACAAAGGGCACGGUUCUGCUGAAGAACGCCAGGGAGAUGUUGAGCUACAGUCAGGGGGAGGAGAUGUUGAUGGAGACCCAGGUGAGGGAGCUGGCUGGCUCAGGGGUCAAUGUUGUGGUGGUCGGGGGCAAGAUAGGAGACAUGGCUCUGCACUACGCUGAUAAGUACCGUCUGAUGGUGAUGAGGCUCCAGUCCAGGCACGAUCUCCGGCGGUUGGGCAAGGCGGUUGGCACUGCUCCGCUCAUGAAACUGGCCACGCCUUUGCCCGGCGAGACAGGUCACUGCAAGCGCGUGUACACCCAGGAGAUGGGCGACACGCAGGUGGUCGUGUUCGAACAGGAACGUGGCCUGUCUGCCGUGGCCACCAUUGUUCUCCGUGGCUCCACCGAACGGCUCCAGGACAAUGUUGAGCAGGCCGUGGCCGACGGGUUGAGUGCCUACCGGGCUCUGAGCCAGGACGGCAGGCUCCUGCCGGGCGCCGGGGCCACGGAGAUGGAGUUGGCUGUCAAGAUAGCCGACCACGGCUCCACCUGCCCCGGUCUGGACCAAUACGCAAUCAAGGCAUACGCCAAAGCAUUUGAGUCGCUCGUCGAGGCUUUGGUACAGAACAGCGGAGAGCGGGAGGGCCACAUAUUGGCCAGACUGUGUGCCAUUCACCAGGAAGGGGGCAGAAAUGUGGGCUUCGACCUGGAUGGGAGAGAGGUGGAGGGGGGAGGUGGAGUAUUGGACGCAGCUGAAGCAGGCAUCUUCGACCCCUACCUGGUCAAGUUCUGGGGCAUCAAGUUGGCUACCAACGCAGCGGUCACCAUCCUCAGUGUGGACCAGAUUAUCAUGGCCAAGAAGUCGGGUGGUCCCAAGCCACGAGGGGAUAACCCAAACUGGGAUGAGCCACCAGAUCACAUCGACUGAUCAGGACCACCUCACC